AUGGAGGAGAUCUUGGCCGCCAUCGUCUGCAUGCUUCUCGUGUUUGGCCUCAUCCCGUUGUUGUGGUGGAAGCGACGCCAAGUUCCCAGGUCUGGUGACGGGGAGGAGGAAGAUGCGGCGCCUCUGGUGAAACCCCGUGCUCUCCUAAUUUUCAUCUUGCCGAGAUGUCUGAAUUAAAUUUUCGGAGUCGUGGUUAGUCUUAGGUCGUUUAAUUUUUUCGGUUACGUUAUUUUUAUGUGAAUUUUGGGCAGAGUUUUUUUUGGCAGUAUAACCAGAAAACAUUAAAAUAAGUAAUCUCAAAGCUCAAAUUAUCUUUGAAUAAAUUUCUGUGAAGGAAUGAUGAAUGAAAGUACAACAGAACACCUCAAUUGGUAUCAAAAGGAUAUAAAUCGUUUUUAAUGAGUUUUAAUUCGCCCGUGGGUUUCGGGCAUCUAUGAAACUGAGAAAUAUCGAGUUGCUUUUCCUCAUGAUGUGCUUCUGAGUUGUAAGAUCCCCUUACUUACUGGCACGUAUUGAUUUUUUUUGGGUAGCUUUUGCAUUUUAGUCGUUGCUUCAGUGAAUUUCAAAGAAGCCGCGGCAUCAAGUCACUCGGGAUCAAUGGUCAGGAUGGUAUGUAGAGGAUGAGAGAGUCUAGUAUGGAAAGUAGUGUAUUAUUAUUUUUCUUGAAUGAAGAGAACACAGAGAGUAUGAUUUUGUUUUCCCGAAAUUUUCAUGUUUUCCCCUUCGUAGAAGAUUUGGGAAGGCAUACUUAUCACGUUUUUCAUAUUACCCUUUCUAUUCCCAAUAGUUAAAAUAUGUCUUUCUCUGUUGAAUUUUACUCCAUGAGAGUGCCAAUUUAACUUGCAACAUUCAAUUUAGAACUGCUCAUGGAAUUUGACUACAAUUUAUUGGAUGAAGUUUCUUUGUUCAAACUAUUAAUUUGUUUCACAGUAAACAUAAAGUUUGAUUUUUUGUGUAAUUCAAGUUUUUUCUGGUGAAUCUUCUAUUUUGGGGAAUGGGAAUAGUGUCAACAUUUAUGAAAACUGGCCUCGUCACUUUCUCCUGUUUUUCACCUAGAGGGAACAAGUAGUACAGCAUGCAGCAACACGUCGGAUGCGACGGAGGCCAGCUGUUGGAGGUUCAUCAAGUUCGGCAAGCUCAUCUAUUUCAGCUGUCCGGUUGCAAGGUAUCUACUUUUUUUUCAUGAACUUUGAGACUUGCCUUAAAUUUGCGUUUUUAUCUUCCUAUCAUAUAUGUGUAGUCAUCUCGUGUUUGUUUUAAAUAUCAACUCUGUACUUGUUCUCGUUCUCUGUUCAAGAAAUUAAUUUGGUAAAUGACAUUGGAAAGCAGUAAAAGUUGCAGUCGAUCAGGACUCUAUCAAUCUUGCAAUAUUGGAAUUAUCCUGUUUCACCAACAUUUUUCUAAACACUUUUUUGUCCUCGGCCCCAGUUUACCUUAUUUAGCACCCGACCAGAUAUCUGGACUGUCUUUUCAGCCUGCACUUGUUCAUGUGAUCUUUGGGCUGGAAUCAUGAGAUGUGCUGCUUUCGGAACAUAUGGGUUAAAGUAAAAAUCUGUUAGCUGACCUAUUCAUACAGACCAUUUUUCUUAUUUCAGAAUAGAUUAUAAAAUAGACAGGACACGGGAGCAAUUUUUCAAGAAUGUGGUCUUUAAACAUGAGAGGUUGAGUCAGAUUUUGGUUCGACGUGAGUUGUCAAAUUAUAGCAGAUUAGUGUCAAUCCAAAUUUGUUUCAACUUGCUCUGAGUUGAAUCAAGGUUUCUGGUAAUGCUGCCUUGCAAACUUACAAGUCCAUGUUGCCUCAUUUGAUUAACAUGGUGGCUGAUCAGGCGAUGAUUUGAGCUAGUGAAUUGUCGAAUUCGUUUCAUAUUUUCUCUCAAGAGUUGAGAGUUUGGCCUUAGUGCUUUUGAAGCUGUUCCUGACACCAGAAUAAAUAUUCUGAGCUACAUUUGCUAUAGGGUCUCUGCUUACCUGUCACACGGCUGGAAUAUGGAAAUGUUCCAUGGAAUGGUAGGUCAUAGAUGAUUUGCUUCAAUCAAAAUAGAAAACUUUAUAAUGAGCAAGUACUACUUCAGACAAAAAAUAACAGCUGACUAUGCCAACUGGUGGUGUUUUACUGGACCCCAUGGUCCAUUUAUUCGUAUUUUAUUUUUGUGAAGCUGUUCCAUUUGGUGCACACACUUUGGGUGGCUGGUGUAGGAUGUAUGGAUCCUUUUGUCUUCGAUUGUUGGGGUUCCGAUCUCGAGAUCGAUAGGGAUGGAAGCUACACGGGGUAGGUAAGCAGAGUUUGUAUGAGCCGUACAAAAUGGACUUGUUUUGGAAAUAACUUUUUCCUUUUCCUUUGAUAAGUUCAUUGUGCCUCUAUUUUGCAGUCCAUUUCUCCUGGAGAGUCUUUUAUAUAUUUAGAGGAUUUACAUUCAUUGGUCCAAGGCCGGUGUGGACAUCCUUGUGUUGCAUUCCUUGAAAUUUCCUAUCACAGAGUAGAAUGUCGAACGGUGGGUUUUUAUUUUUUGCAAUUGGAGAUGCAGAGACUGCCGUUGAAAGUGAUGAAGAAGAUCCUGACGGAAAUUACAAUGUUGCACAAGCUUCUACGAAGAAGGGAAGAAAGAAACAAGAGCGAGAGGCACAGCGACAGGUAUAAUAUACUCUUUCUUCAUGUCCCUCGUAACAGUGUUUUUUCUCUCCUCAGCCUGUUAGCUUGCUGACGCCAACCAUUUUCAGGCAGAGGAGGCAGCACGUGAGUCAAGAAACAUAAAGCAAGAUUAUUACAAUGAGAUGAGGAGAAGAAAGGAUGAGGAACGUGAAGCACAGGAACGUUUGAUGGUUGGUGCAUGCUUGUUAUUCUCUCGUGUCUGAUUCGUAUUUGUUACCCAGCUUACUUUGAUAUAGCAUUUGAUUUAAUGUUUUAGGAAGAAGAAGCUCUGGCCAAGAAGAUCAAAGAGGAGGAAGCCGCUGCACUUGAUUUUGAGAAGUGGAAAGGAGAAUUUUCUGUUGACGCAGAGGGCACCACAGGAGAUGAUAUUCAAAAUGGUGGUCUGGACUUGCUUUCUGACUUUGUUGAAUACAUCAAGGUGGUUUUCAUUCUCUUUCGCUGUUUUAACCGUGGAAUCGUUUUUCAUUCUCUUGUUCAUUAAUGUGCAUUGAAAAAAUCAUCUCUUUGGAUGCUUUAUAUAUAUAUUUACUUAAUGAAAAAUACUGCAAGCUUUUUCUCAUAGACUUCGUUUCUAGGUGAACAUUGGCAUUUGUCAUUUUCUACUGUGACAUUGAACUAAUAUUUUAUCCUAUAUCACUUGACAGACCAAGAUCCAAUUAACUUUUAUUUAUUGAAAUGCUAUAACCUCAGAAUUGGCUUUUAAUAUAUUGAUGAAACUUCCCUUUUUGCCCGUCAAUAGCCUCCUUGCUUCAUUCAUCAGAUGUUUAAGAGAAUUAAAAUUGCAUGGAUGUCCAUGUGUUGAAAGCUUUCAAGAGAGGAGCUGAUAUUCAUAUUGGCAUGAUGCCCUGAAUAAAGGUUAUUUUUCUUUCUUUGUAACUAACGAGGGAGAUGGUAAAAGAAAUAUCAGAGAAUGUCAACUCUCUUGUUUGAAAGAUUGUUGCUUUUAUCAACCCAUGGUUUAUCUAUUAAUGCCGAUGAAGGAUCUGUUAGGACUUUGUUCCUCUAUUAAAGAGAGCCAAUUAACUUCUUUUGUGCAAUUGAUUGUUGCAGAUGGUGUUGCAUCAUAUCUAAUAAAUGUUGGUUUACAGCUGAUAGAUAUUUAUUGGUGAUCAUCGACCUAUGCAUUAUCAACUAUCAUUGCUCCUAGUUUUGUAUUGAUCUUGUCAAUUUUAUCAUCAUCAAGCUAUGGAUUACCUUGGCAUGGUUUCUUGGUUGUCCAUCUUAAUUAAUUAUAGGCUUUCUUCAAUUACAAGUUUCUCCUCGAAAUAGGUGCUUGAAAGACUAGUCAGUCAACUUUAGUGGAAACAUACGAAGUUUGCUACCUUAGUACCUUAUGCAAUUAUUCAUACAGUUAAUAUUUUUUCCAAAAUAUUAGCAGAUCCUGGCAAAAUUUUGAAAGGUGAGACUUUAUUAUUCUUUCAGAUUACUGUUUGUCAACCAGCGCCCAUAUUUGUACACUUGCCUCCCGAGCAGAACAAUCAGGAUCGUUAUCAUGGUUUCUCGUUUUGGAUUUCUUCAUUUACCAACAGUUGCCUUACUCAUGCCUUUUCCUCAAUCAUCUUAGGCCAAGUCAACUUCCUAAACCAAGUCAUCUUGAACGUUUGCUUUAAAACUAAAAUUGCUUUAAAAUCAGUCAUCCCUUGAAUGACAGAAAUACGCACAAUUCAUCAUUUUUUGCUCAGGAUUAACCCAACCUCCUUAUUCAGAUCAACUAAAAUGAAGUUUACUUCUCACUCUUGAGUUGCCUGUAACAUGGGCCAUCUUGGGGCAUGCUGUUACUUACGAAUGAAAUCUGGCUUACUGUAAAUUGUGGCUGGUAUAAUACUGGAGGUUACAACUAGCUUAGGUUGGGUAAAAGCCAUAUGGAUAGAUCGGCAUGGCACCAUGAUGUAUACAUGAUGUACAUGAAGUUCACUGUACUAACCCAGCUAUAUUUAGAUGUGUUUAAUGAGGGUCUGUGCCAGAAAGGGAGUUGGGCAAAUGACUAUUUAGAUAAGUUAUGCUGAGAUUUGGUGAUUGUCUUGAUGUUGGAUGAAUAGUGUUGACUCCUCUCGUACGCCUGAAAUCAAAAAUCGAUCUCCUCCAAACUCCAGGUGCAGCAGCAACAGAGAGAGGAGGAGAAAAGGGGGAAACAGGCCGAAUCCCUAAAAUUCUAUUUCUUGUUCUCAAUUUAGGUUUUCCACGAGAUUGGGUUUUACAUGAGUCCGUUAGUAACAAUGUGAACAGGGUUGGACUGGACUUGUGUAGUUCAUUACAACUAAAAUAGAAAAAAAGAAAAGAACUCCCUAUUAUGUAACUUCCCUAUAAUGGUGUAUAAUUGCAAGAAUUCCUUACCAAUUAUGGCGUAUCAUUUUUAUGGAUUCUUUCCUUGUAUCAAUCAGUUUAUAUUUUUCGGAUAAUAUGGUCUUCUCGUCAAUAUGAGAUGGUUGUGGCUAAACAGAUCUAACUUGCAGGUUCUAGUUUUAAGGAUGUACUCUAGGUUUUAAUAAUAGCAUGAAUUUGUCUCAUAAAAUCAUUACUUUGGCAUCAUCUCUCAUGUGCAUCAGUCCACAAGGAGUCAGAUGGAAGAUGGUGUAGUCUACUCAAGUGGAAAGAUGGGUGCUAACCUUUACUUCUUCUUCUUCUUCUUUCCUGUAGAAACAAAAAUGCAUUCCUCUGGAAGAUCUUGCAGCAGAAUUCAAGCUACGCACCCAGGUAUUUAUGGCAAUAUAUAUAUUCGUUGAACGCUAGCAUUGGAGUUGUGCCUCUUCACUUUGCAUGCACCCUAAGGGCCGGAAGAGUAGCAGCAUUAAUAGUUUCUGAAAUUCACAGAUCAUUACGUAUGGAGAUAGAGAAAGAACCCUCCUCACUGGAGUCAAUCAUUUGUUAUAUAUAAUAUGGUUCGUGCUUUCUCAUUUGUUUCAUGAACUAUGUGUAUCUUCCAUAGUUUGAAGGUACUAUAUGAAAUAGUUCAUAUACCAAUGUCAAUGAUGAGUCAUUCGAUAGUGUUGCAAGAUAGGAAUCACCUUCAAAGGUAUGUUUAUGUGAGUUGAUCAUGGACAUUAUUAACAUAAUUGGACAUCACAUCCAUUCAAUGAAAAGAUAUACUCCCAUAUCAUAAAUACUUAAGAACCAUGGCUACAUAGCACCCUCAUGGCAUGAUGUCCUGUUAUGAGGACUAAUGCAGUGCCUAUAUGGAAAGUUACCUCACCUAAGUUGUGCAAAAUAUUUUAAACGAUGAUGCUGAUAUUUUCAUAUGAUUUGCACCUUAAUAGUUGCAUGGUUCAUCUGCAGGAGUGCAUCAAUCGAAUAACUUCUCUGGAAAGCAUGGGUACGUCCUCUGACCUUACCUGAGUUGACCUUACCUUAAUUGGUCAUUCCAAUCUGAUCUGUCUGGGUUCCUAGCCUUGGGUCGUCAUUUUUCAUAGCCGUCCGGAUAUUUUAUUGAUGACUGGGUCUGUGGGACCAUGUUAUGUUUAGGUAGACUUUCAGGUGUGAUGGACGAUCGAGGCAAAUACAUCUACAUAUCUCCGGAGGAGAUGAAGGCGGUUUCUGACUACAUCAAAUCCAUGGGGCGAGUCAGCAUCUCGCACCUGGCUAGCAAGUCGAACCAGUUCAUCGAUUUGGACACAAAACCCCAGCUGGUCCAAGAAGAGGUCUCAACUGCGGAUGGCAUUCCCGUUGUCUGA